UGCGGCGUGUCGGGCUGCGCUACUUGAUUGUGUGAGUGUAUCGAGUGUGAAGCAGAUACAAAGUAGCACUUGGUGAUUCCGGAGCUGGCAGAGCGCAGAGAGAGACAGAACCACGGGGACCGGCCGGGCUAACACUCCCCUGAUUAUGGUUUCUCACAACUGAGAGACAGAUACCCAGCUCCCUGCCCUCACCCAGGUACCAGCCAGCAACACUCAAGUCAGCGAAGGCUCCUCUCCCAACCCCGGGGGGCGCCUGGCUGCCUUUAUUUAACCCCGCUUCCAAUUUUUUUUAAUUUAUUUCCCCUUCCCUUUUCAAAUAUUAAAUGUACAACUUGAUGGGUCUGAACAGCACAGCCGCAACGAAUCAGCCCAAUGUCUCCUGCACAUGCAACUGCAAACGCUCUUUGUUCCACAGUAUGGAGAUCACCGAGUUGGAAUUUGUCCAGAUCAUUGUGAUAGUGGUGGUGAUGAUUGUAAUGGUCGUGGUGAUAACCUGCCUGCUUAACCACUACAAGCUCUCCACACGGUCUUUAUUAAACAGGCAGAGCCACAUCAGGAGGCAAGAAGAUACAUUACAGUCGGAGGGAGGCCUGUGGCCUUCAGACAGCACAGUGUCAGCAAGAAGAAUGCCGGAGCAGCAGAUCUACACACCCAGGUCGACAGACAGAUUGACGGUCCCGUCUUUCCUACAGCGAGAUCGGUUUAGUCGUUUCCAGCCCACUUAUCCAUACCUGCAGCAUGAGAUUGACCUGCCCCCCACCAUUUCUCUGUCAGACGGUGAGGAACCCCCUCCAUACCAGGGGCCGUGUACCCUCCAGCUCCGUGACCCCGAGCAGCAGAUGGAACUGAACCGUGAGUCGGUCCGAGCACCCCCGAACAGGACUAUCUUUGACAGCGACCUGAUAGACACAUCCAUUUACAACAGUGGGCCCUGUCCGCCCAGCAGUAACUCUGGCAUCAGCGCUACCAGCUACAGCAAUAAUGGCCGAAUGGAAGGACCCCCGCCCACUUAUAAUGAAGUCAUAGGUCACUACCCUGGAUCAACCUUUUUCCAGCACCAGCAGAACCAUGGAGUCCUUUCUGUGAUGGGAGGCAACAGACUGCAGCAUCCUCAGAACCAUGGCCUUGAGAGUACAGUUGUCCGGAACAGCAAAGACAAAAAGACUGGACAUCCAUUCUGAGACUCACUCUGUGCACUUCAACUCAAACCAGGGGGCCCAGGUGAGCGGGGAGUGGGAGAGCAUUGUCAGCCACACUUGCUCCUCCUUCCUCCCCUGCUCCCCCCCACCCACCCCCUUCCAGUUGUAUAAAGUUAAUACUUAGCUAUGUCACAUCUGAUUGAACAUCAAGCAUCAGGCUUCAGGUAGUUCUACUGAGCUACAUUAGAUAAGGAAGUUCCAAAUCUCUGUGUUACUUUAAAAAGAGACCUUAGUUUAAGCAAUGUAUGUAAAAUGCUGUCUUUAAUUAUCUCACUUAACUUUAAAGAAACAUUUGCACAAAAUUUUAUGUUUGAAGAACCUGCAAUAUGUCAAAUGAGAAAACUGCAUGUGGAGGCAGGAGUAUUUUUGUAAUAGAAAUGGCAUAUACGAAAAUGACUUUUUUUGUUUCGUUCCUAGAUGAGAGAAUUGGCAAUUUUUGGAGUGCCAUCUCAGUGUGUCUCUAAACAUUUCUGUAUAUUAAAAAAAGGGGGUUUGGAGUUAUUUAUGAA